AUGACACCUGAGGGGCCCAAGAGAAUGCAUGAGCUGAAGUUCAAUGACCUGGUGUUGACUUCCUCUUUCCAGUUCCAAAAGAUAUAUGCUUGGCUCCACAGGACACCUGAGAAGCUUGCUGCAAGUCAGGCCAGGGAAUCAAAGUACCUCGAGAUUGUCACAGACUCUGGAAACAGGAUUGAGAUUACCCCCAAGCACAUGAUCUACAUCAAUGACCAGCAGUACCCUGCGGAGGCUGGCCAUGUUAAGGUUGGUGACUACUUGUCCCUUAUGGAGCCUGGUCAUUCCACCACUACCAAGACAACCAGAGUGACUGUGAUUAACACUGUCAAGCUCAUGGGAGGCUUCUCUCCUGCCACCGAGAAUGGAACCAUUGUUGCCAAUGACAUUCUUGCCAUCUCAAGCAACUACGCUCACCACACUGACAAAAUGCGGACGAAUUCACCCACUUGA